UCCAUUAUGCUUUAUCUAAGUGUCAAAGUUUAUUUCCACCGUAUAGGUCUUAAGUAAAGGUGAGGUUAGACGUAGCUCAAAAACUUUUUUGGUUUGGGGUAAGGCUGGUAUAAAGUUAAACACUGCAAAUACAAGUGCUUGUGGUCAGUGAUAAGGUUUGGUUUAGAUUUAGGAUCGAAACAUCGAGCGGAAAGCGGACUGAAUAUCAGCUCAGAUACGACUCUUACCGAUGACAGUUCUCUCUGCGGCCCAAACAUCAUGCUUCCCCGUGCGGGUAAAGAGUUUCUGGUUCGGAUACGGUUCUCCUGGCGGCCACUUUUCCAGGGCCGGUAUUUGUUGUUCACCAACACCCUGAGUUGUGGAGGCAUGCUGGCACUGGGAGAUGUCCUGCAGCAGACCUGGGAGAUCCACAAGGACCCAGGUCACGUCAGACAAUGGAGGAGGACAGGUCGCAUGUUUGUUGCGGGAUGCUCUAUGGGUCCACUUCUGCACUACUGGUACUCCUGGCUGGAUGGAGUAUAUGUGGGCAAAGCUGUGAGAACUGUGGGAAAGAAGGUUAUUUUGGACCAGCUGAUUGCCUCACCGAUACUCGGGAUGUGGUAUUUUUUAGGUAUGGGUGUCAUGGAGGGACACACUUUAUCCGAAGGAUUGGAGGAGUUUAAAGAUAAGUUCUGGGAAUUUUAUAAGGCGGACUGGUGUGUUUGGCCUGCUGCUCAGGUGAUCAACUUCUACUUCCUCUCGCCCAAAUUCCGUGUCAUGUACAUCAACUUUAUCACCUUAGGGUGGGACACCUACCUCUCCUACCUCAAACACAGAGAUGGCAGCCAGCACGCUGACCUGGUGUCAGACAGCAGUGCCGUGGAGGGACAUCAGGAAGUGCUCCCUCCAUCCAGAACUCUGGAGGAGAAAUCGUAGGGAUGGAGUUGAUGCUCACUAGCAAAAGAAAGUUCCAGUGUUCUUAUCUCUUCUAUUUUUUUGUCCUCCUUUGCAAAAAUGCCGAGAGGCAGUUUUUUUUCCCCUCCUACAACCAACUGCUUCUCUGUCAUGUUUAAACUGAGCAUGCAGUUCUUCCUGAACACAGGAGGAGGAGUUUAUUUUUAAGGUGAAGUGCUAUAACACUUGUCCCUACAGUUUAACUGUAUCCAAGUCCAGUUUGUCUGUGAAUUUGCAGUGUACUUCUGCUGCAGGAGAAGUUGGGGAUGAAAAGCUGUUUGACUGCCCAUGAUUACUGUACUUAAAUCCAGUUUGCUGUGGGCGGUUGUAGUUGGCAACUUGUGGCUGCAACUGGCAAUAGAUUUCCAGAAUUUUCAACCAAGCAUCAUCUGUGCUGUGUUGUACCCAAAGCUUUGAAAACUACAAUGGUAUUUUAUUCAUUUGGUGCUGUUUUUUCUGGUCUGACAGGGAUCAGUCAUUAUUGAUAUAAAAUGGCUAAACAGCUGCUUUGUUUUUAAAGCCAACCUACAUUAACCUGUGUAGGCUUUGCCUUAAUGUGUAGCCAACUAAUAUAAUUUAUACCUGGUCUUUAGUUUAUCCCUUAUAAAUAAGGCAGAACAGUGAAUCUUUGAAGUGAUUGUUCUUGACUGUAAGAGUUUUCAUAUUUUAUAUAGCGAAUACUCAAAUAUACAAACAAACGUGAUUCCUGAUAAACUGAGGAAGUGAAAUCAAUUUAUUUGCAAAUUUUACAGUUGUUUUUACACUAGUCCCUGAACAUUUAACCUAAUAUACUGUAUGUCUCCAGCAGCUAAUUUGUAAAUGAGAAACUUUUACUUCUGGCAGGUCAGAAGAUGAAUCAGUUUAUGUGAUGACAGAAAAAAGCUGCAUAAAUGGUGUAAAUACAUUAUGUACAUACGUGUGCCUUUGUAUUACAUUAUAUUACAUUAUGGAGUUUUUUUUUAAAUACUGAUUAAAUGUAUGUUUUGGUUUUAUCACUUUAAGAGCAUAGACAUCAAUAAGAAAAAGAAAUUGUGAAUUUUAC